GGAGCAGCUAUGCAGGAGCUCAGCUGCACUGUCCUGGCUGGGGAACGGAUUUGCAGAACUAGCUCAGUUCUGAAUUGGCAGCAGCAGACAGUCAAGUCAACUCACAGUAGGUUCAGCUACAAGGAUGAUUGCCAAUUACACUCACGCUGGCAUUUUACAACAUUACCAUCAGUUGCUUGUAGACCAUCUUUGCAUUACAUCAUCAUUAUACAGAAGGCUGAAGGAAAAUGGAAUACUUACAGUUGAUCAGAUAGGAUUAUUGGAGCUGGAGGAGUCGCCGUACAAGAAGGUGUCUAAACUAACUGAAAUCUUGAAAAAUGCAGAUCAUCAUGUUUUCACAUCAUUUUGUGCUAUUCUUCACGAGACAGGUCAGCAUCAAUUGGCUCAAACACUGCACAGAGCAACAAGAAACAGACAAACAUUACCUGCUGUAUCAUCAGUGACACAAACAAAGCAAGUUGUAAAUGAAUCUAUUCUACAAAAUCAUGAAUGGGACAGGACAUUAAAAGAAGAAAAUCAACAAAUGAGAAAGAAAAUUCAAGACAUGAGAAACAAAUAUAUGAAAAAUUUACAUGAACUUGAUGAGUGGAUAUCUUUGGCUAAAUGGGAACGUGACCUUGCUAUAAAAGAGAGGAACAUUAUCUUAAGUGAAAACGAAGCUCUUCAAAACCUGAACACUGAGCUUGAAGCCUUGCUUAGAAAAUUGCAGGAAAGGACUCUCCAUUACAAUUUUCAGGACGUUGGGGUUAAUAAGGAUUUCACAAAAGAAAAAUCCAGAAAACGUUACCCAGGUUCACAUGUAGAACUUAUUUAUAGCUGAGCCAUAUAUGAGUUUCUUCUGAAUAUAUACUGGAAAUUUGCACCUUGUGGUGUGUAAUGGAAAAUGGAGAGACGGAAGAAAUUAUUUUCAUCUGUCUAAAAAAGUACAUGAAAUAAGAUGAUCUUUUUUCCCAGCAUGUUUUCGUUUAUCUUUAAUUGUAAACACUAUACAAAUAAAAUUGGCUUUAACUGUU